GAAUAGAUUUCGAUGGGAGGAGUUUCUUGCCCCAAGGGGGUAGGUAGACGCAAACACCUUCAGCAUCUUUUUGCAAAGGCGCGCUUUAUGUGGAGUCACAGCCUUAUGGCGAGGCGAGGGGACGGGGGAGAAGUCCAGCGCCUGAACGGAGCUUUACACUAACAUGGGAUUUCACAGCGUGGACGUGGGAGGCAAUGUGAACUUCCACACACUUCUCUGACCUCUUGAGCGGCCCACCGAUCAGUUAAGGGAAGACUGACCUCACGUCGUCUCCAGACGAUCUCUUUCUAAAUUAUUUUACCUUGACUGGACUGGAAUGCAAAGAUGCCCAUCUUGGAGAAAGAAACGGCCAGAGACCAAGACAGCCAAAUGUUGCCAAAGGUCCCUGUGCCCCCAUUGCAACAAACCCUCGACACUUACUUGAAGUGUGUCCAACACCUGGUGAAGGAGGAGCAGUUCAAGAAAACAAAGGCCAUCGUGGAGAAGUUUGGGGCUCCUGGAGGCGUCGGAGAGGUUCUCCAGAAGAAGCUUUUAGAGAGGAGGGACAAGACGACCAACUGGGUGUAUGACUACUGGCUGGAGGACAUGUACUUGAACAACAGGUUGGCCCUACCGGUCAACUCCAGUCCUGUCAUGGUUUUUCCUAAGCAGACGUUCAGAGAUCAUAAAGACGCCCUCAGAUUUGCUGCUCAUCUCAUCAGAGGAGUGUUGGACUAUAAGGCUCUCAUUGAUGCGCGAGCACUGCCUGUGGAUUUUGCUCGAGGCCAGCUAGCUGGGACCCCUUUGUGCAUGGAGCAGUACUACCGCCUUUUCAACUCCUACCGCUACCCGGGACUAAAGACAGACACACUGAAGGUCCAGAUAAACGCAGCCUCCUCAGCGUCAAAGCACAUCAUCAUAGCGUGCAAGAACCAGUUUUUCGUGUUGGAUACAGUCGCAAACAGCAAGCAGCUCAACGAGACAGAGAUCUUAACCCAACUGGAGAAAAUAUUGAAAAUGGCAGAAAACGCCAAAGAAGGAGUACCUCCUUUUGGCAUCCUGACAUCUGAUGGGAGAACAGAAUGGGCACAAGCCAGAGAUGCACUAACAAAAGAUCAAACCAACAGGGACUCUCUGGCCCUGAUUGAGAGCUGUCUGUGUGUGGUGUGUCUGGAUGAGCCUAGUGGCCUGGAGCCUCGAGAUACUAACAGGGCCCUGCUGAUGCUGCAUGGUGGCGGCCGUGAGAAGAAUGGGGCAAACCGCUGGUAUGACAAGUCAAUGCAGUUUGUUAUAGGAAUGGACGGGAUAUGUGGAGUCGUGUGCGAUCAUUCGCCAUUCGAGGGAAUAGUUAUGGUGCAGUGCUCCGAAUACCUGAUGAAAUAUAUAACAGGGAGUCCCUCCAAGAUGGCGAGAGCAUCCAGCAUCAGAGAGCUCCCCUCUCCUAGAAGGCUGCUCUGGAAUUGUAACCCACACAUACAAGGACUCUUAGCAGCAUCUGGAGACAGACUCAAGAGGCUGGUUGAUAAUCUUGACAUGGAUGUUUUCAAGUUCAACGUUUAUGGGAAAGAAUUCAUCAAAAAGCAGAGGAUGAGUCCAGAUGCGUUCAUACAAGUUGCCUUACAACUUGCAUUUUACAAAUGCAACAGAAGGCUCGUUUCCACUUAUGAGAGUGCGUCCAUUCGUCGUUUCCAAGACGGUCGGGUUGAUAACAUUCGCUCUGCCACCCCUGAGGCCCUGGCCUUUGUGCUGUCCAUGACAGAUGAGAGGGACACUUUCACCGAUUCAGAAAAAAAUAGACGAUUGAGGGAGGCAAUUAAUGCCCAGACAAAUUAUACAAUUGCAGCUAUAACAGGAAUGGCAAUAGACAAUCAUCUCCUCGGGCUUCUGAGGAUCUCAAAGGAGCUCAACAUGGAGAAGCCGGAGAUCUUCUGUGAUGAGACGUAUUUGGCCAGCAACCAGUUCAUCCUUUCUACCAGUCAGGUCCCUACCACAGUGGAAAUGUUCUGUUGCUACGGCCCGGUGGUGCCCAACGGCUACGGCGCCUGUUACAACCCACAGUCAGACCACAUCAUCUUCUGUGUGUCUAGUUUCUGGGAGAACACAGAGACGAGCUCGGCCGUUUUCGUCAAAGCCCUGAACGAGGGCCUGCUGGAAAUCAGGGACCUGUGCAAUAGAAGCAGCGCAGUGGCUACCAAACUUGCUGAUAGCAGCCAGGGAGCCGGCCGGCCUCAUAUAUCAGGGAAGUAAGCCAUACUGAGAGAGCAUGCCCACUCUAGCUGCUCCACUCAACACUCUUAGACGUAGUUGAGAUGCCUUUGUGUGUCUUUGUUGUCUGUGCAAUAGUGUUCCUUUAACAAGAAAAUACAAAGCCUUAAAGUAUAUAUAUAUAUAU